ACGCCCUAAAAGCGAGACGCUUAGCCAAUCAGCGCGGUCGCGUGGAGCAUCACGGGAACUCCGGGGCUAUAAAAGACCGAGUUGCUAUUUUAUACUCACCGAAUCACUCAUCCUUUAAGUAAGCAGGGCGGGGCCGGGCGCGCCUGCGCGGUUUUAAAACCCCGCCCCAAACUGCCAACACUUCGCGCAAGCAGAGUAGAUCUUCCUUGCCUGCUAUUGCGCGUGCGCGCUGACGGGCCUAACCCCGGAAGACCAUACGCUUGCGCUGUGAGGGCUACAGUGACAGUCCACCCGGUGGGGCGCUGCCCAGUCAUGGCGGAGCCUUGGUCUGGGCAGUUUCUGCAAGCCCUGCCCGCUACGGUGCUCGGAACCCUGGGCACCCUGGGCAGCGAGUUCCUACGGGAGUGGGAGACGCAGGACAUGCGAGUGACUCUCUUCAAAGUGCUCUUGCUGUGGUUGGUGUUAAGUCUCCUGGGCAUCCAGCUGGCGUGGGGGUUCUACGGGAACACAGUGACCGGGUUGUAUCACCGUCCAGCUCUGGGUGUGUUCCUGCCUCCAGGUCUGGGUGGCCAGAAUGGAUCCACACCUGAUGGCUCCACACAUUUCCCUUCAUGGGAAGUGGCAGCAAACGAACCUCUCAAAACCCACAGAGAAUAAGGGAAGGCAGCAGCAGAAGGGUCUCCAGAGAUGUCACUGGGUCUGCUGGCGCCUAUGCUGCAUCUUGCUGCUGCCCAGACCACUUGGACAACUGCAGAGGGCUUGGGGCUGGGGGACUGGAGUACCACAAUGCUUCCAGGGUGAGCUUAGGUUGCCCUCAGUCUUGCCUUCAGCAGCUCCAGGUACUAGGCAGGUGAAGUUGGUCUCUAUCUUUGUCUAGUUACCCUAAGGAAAGACUUCUGUCCAGGGUCAGAGCUAAGAAGCAUUUUGGUUGAGAAAGUCAGUAGCCCGUUUUCUCACCUUGGCUUUUUCCUGACUUCCUCAUACCCUUGGGAUGCGAUCUUACAGAAAUUUCUCCUUCUAAGAGGAAUCUUGAAGUUGACCAGUUCCAAGAUUGCUAAGGAAAAUCUGUUCUCCCCUAAGCCCUGAUUGCCUUGGCUUUGCUUUGUAGGCAAAAAGCCAGCUAAUCCUGGUCUGGACUUGGACACCAAACAUGUACCUCCCCGGCCCAGCUAGAGUCUUUCAGGUCUGAGGCAGGCAGAGGAAGUUAUUUCCCAACUGAUUUAUUUCUCUGCUCUUUGAGGGUAAGUUAAGUUCCUGAGAGAUAGCUCACUGAGAGAUCUCCACUGCUUAAGUACCCACAGGCAUCUUUUGGUCUGUACCUUGCCCCCUCCUAGGGAGGUACUAAGCAGUUAUUGUGCCCUGAAGCCUUAUCACGCUCAUCUGGAUAAGGGCCAACUCUUGAGAGCCCACUAACACCAUUUCAGCCUCUAGGAAUUUCAGUAAGAGUGAGCCACAAGCCAGACAGUUCUGGGCCCUUCACAGUGAGUCAAAAGAGAUUCCAAAGGGGUGGGUGGCCAGUGUCCCCAUGAAAAUACCACUUCCAGAGAACACUAUGGUUCCUAAAAGCACUGUGGCCCUGGAUCUGUCUCCUCUAAUGGUUGUACUCCUGUCUCUGCUGGGCCACCAGCUACCUCAGGUGUCCACUGUCUCUGUUAGAUGUCACAUAGCAGUCCAGCAGCCUUUGCCCACAGAGAUUUUGUAGCGGGUAUACUCUAAGUGAAACUGUACUGAGCCCCUCAUGCACAUGAACCUUCUCCAGAGAUGUCAUCUGUAUGGCAGAAAGAUGUUCUUCCCAGCCUCAUGCCCACCCUCUGACAUCACUAUAAAGAGUCAAGGUCUCACAUUCUACCCCGGGAGAUGUGGCAUAUUAAACACAGAAGUGCAUGAGUUGUGCAGUUAUUCCUACAGGACAAAUGUGUGUGCAUAUGGGCAACUGGUAAGAGAUCAUGGGUACAUUGCCCUCGGGAUCCAAAAGACAGCAAUUUGCAAACAUGGAGAAAGUGAUGCCCUCUCCCUAGAGUGGUGGUGGGUUGCCCAGCAGGGAUUGGGGGUAGGAGGGAUUGGGGGGCACUGAGUUAGUAUCUCAUGUUGUACAAGCUGACCUUUAAUUCGAUAUAUUGUAGAAAAUAUAAGUGUGAAUAAUGUUUAUUAUUAAAUGCUAUAAUUAUUGGGGGGUGGAUAUCAUUUAACCCCUUUUCAAACAAUAAAAGACACAGGCACCUGUUGUAUUUAAAUAA